CGUCUAGCAUUAGAUUAUUUAGCCAGUGUCGCGUAUGAAUUCAUCGAGGCAAGAUGAGUCUCCUCAGUGUUCUGAAAAAUAGGGUCGAAAUUGUCGACGACUCGGUUUCAUCCCGGGACCUUGUGAAUCGGUUGGUCACCCAAGGUCCUCAGGAAGAACCUCUGCACUUGACCGAAGUGGAUACGCUGGUCAAGCGUCACUACGAAUGGUUACAGCAUUUGCCACGGGUUAAACCGUACUACGCCGUCAAGAGUAACGAUGAGGCUUCCUUGGUAGAAGCAACCGUCCUGAUGGGAUUGGGCUACGAUUGCGCAUCGAUGGCCGAGGUUCGCCGAAUGUUGGAACUCGGGGUUGAACGGGAAAGGAUCAUUUUCGCGCAACCCCAGAAGACCAUCGUCUCGUUGCAAUAUGCACGCAAGCAUAAGAUUCUAACGGUUUUCGAUUCCGAAUGUGAACUUCGGAAGAUUCAUCAGCACUAUCCGGAGGCCGAAGUGUUGAUCCGCUAUCGGUUUGAUUCGAAAAAGUCAAAGGUAAACCUGGGAUCGAAGUUUGGAUGUGAAACAGAAAACGAAUCCAAAUCGUUACUUCAUGUGGCGAAACAGUUGGGCAUUAAAGUGGUUGGAUGGUGCUUCAACGUUGGAUCAGGGUGUACCGAUGCGGACGUUUUCUAUGCUGCCAUCAAGAAAGGUCGUGAAAUCCACGAUUACGCCACUUCCAUUGGGUUCAAGUUCAGGAUGAUCGAUUUGGGCGGGGGAUUCAUGGGCGAUAAAGGUUGUGGAAUAGAAGAGUAUGCGGUUCACAUCAAUCGAGCUUUGGAAGAAUGCUAUCCUGCAAGUGAAGACAUUUUCAUUUUCGCUGAGCCCGGCAGAUAUUACUGUGCGGCGGCUGUAACGUCUAUCAGUCCGGUGCAUGGGAAACGAAUUCUAUGCAACGAAAAUGACCCACUGAAGAUAGAGCAAGUAUUUUACUACUUCAACGAUGGAAUGUACGGGACGUUCUACAGCCCCCGUUAUCGAAACCAAACGUUGUACCCAAUCGUGUGGAAGUCCGGCGGCAAUCUUGGGACGACCUACAAAACGACUUUGUUUGGCCCUACCUGCGAUGGAAAUGACUUCUUUGCAAAGGACAUCGAUCUACCGGAACUGGAGGUGUCGGACUUUGUGGUGUUCGAAAAUCAGGGAGCCUAUGCGCGAGUUCAUUCGUGCCGGUUCAAUGGAUUUUGUCUGCCAAAAGUGAUCAACUAUAUGCGGAAGUGUACUUGGGAACUACUCGAAAAGGCAUCUAAAUCUCUAAAUCCGACCCAAGUUGUGCAGGACUCUGUGUAUUUACGAAACAAUCCCCAGAUCGAAGUGCUUGCUUUUGAUUGAUCCGAACUGGUGUUUAGUGUUGAUAUGAAUUAAUUGGAAAAAAAAAUAAAUAAAAAAUAUUUCUUUGACACAAGCAACAAAUAAUAUUUCACAGUGCUACGGAAUUGGUUCAAACCUAUUCAUCUCUCGUCGAAUCUUGUAAAGACCCAUGCCUUUGAUUAUUGAAAACCCUUCUAGAAGGA